CUUUCUCAUGAUCAUCCUUACCCCAUGAGGCAUGAUCUUGCACAAAGCUCCAGACCGAGGCCGAUUGAUGGUUAUUUUGUAUUUCUUGAAUUAUCACAUAAACGCACCAACAGUUGUCUCCUCUCACCAAGCUUCUUGCUGAUGGUCUUGUAGCCCAUUCCAGCCUUGUGCAGAUCUACAAUCUCUUCUCUGACAUCCUUUGACAGCUCUCAGGUCUUGCUCAUGGUGGUGGGAGAGUUUGGAAUGGAAGAUACAGAUUGUGUGGACAGGUGUCUUAAACACCUAAUGAGCUGAACAUUAGGAGUAACUUCUUAAAGUGACAGGACUAAUCUGUGUUCACAUGGGCACAUAACCAAUCUGUGGACACAGAAUUCUUGCUGGUUGGUAGGGGAUCAAAUACUUAUAUCACUCAGUGCAAUGCAAAUCAAUUUCUAACCUUUAUAUGAUAAGGUUUUUUUCUGGAUUUUUUGUUUGAUAUUCUCUAAACGUAAAAAAAAAAAAAAAACCUACUAUACAAAUGACACACCCUUCAUUUCUUUGUAAGUGGGCAAACGUAUAAAAUCAGCAGGGGAUCAAAUAAAUAUUUUCCCCACUGUAUGCCCGUUCAACCUCUGUUCUGUCAACCUGCAUAGAAUCUGGUGGUAAAGCGUUGAUUUUAAGUUUUAGGCUACAUAUUGAACCUGUCACUUACUUUUUUUAAUCCGCUUAUGCAUUUCCUUUAUGUACUGUUUUUAAUCAGGACUGUUUUAUAGAAUACGUCUUGUGUAUUCCUAUUUCAUAUACUUUUCUGCAGAUUCCUUCUGUUUUUACACUCUGUCAAGUAUGCCUAUUCUUUGUGUGCUUUCUGUGAUGUACAUGUAUCAUAUAUGUUUAUGGCUGAGCUCAUAAUCUCUUCACAGCAUGAAUGUUAGUGUUUUCAAACAUGUUUCACAAGUGUAUGAAGAGAGAAUGUCUGAGUGAGACUGUUGGAGAGAGUAUCAGGAAUGGGGAGAGAGAGAGAGAGAGAGAGAGAGAGAUAUCAAGUAUGAAGAAGAGGGGGAGGGAGUGAGGGAAAAGAGCACCGUGUAUGUGUGUACACUUGCUUGAGCCAGAGAGAGAAAGAGAGGGGAGUGGGGGAGGGGAAAGCAGAGAGAGAGGAAAAAGAGAGCACACAUACACAGAGAACAGGGAGAGAGUGCAAGAAACACAUAGGAGAGAGUGUCUGUUCUGGUACAGACAACAUAUAAUGUAUGAAGGGGAGGGCAGGGGAUGAAUUAGAACCUGUGACUCUGCCUCAGGAUGAGAUCUCUCAAACACCUGAAGCCACAGACCAAGAAAAAUGUGGAGGAGAAGACACAGCGGCUGGUCAGAUGUUACUCUGAGGCCAUGCACCAGCAGAUGGACGCAGGGACACAGACAGACCCUGUGGUGGUCCUGUCACUGGCCCAAGCUGCUGUGUUGGGACUCAUCUCCCAGAACGAGGUAUUUGGCGCCACCAUCGCCCCCAACGGCUUUUACACCGGAGACCCCAAAGAAUCCCCCGCUCUGCCAGGUGAGAGAAUGGACUACGAGUACGCCGACCAGCUUAUAGGUGCCAACGGUGACUAUCUUGGUGAGAAUUUGGGCGAGGAGGGGCACAUGCAUUCAAGCUGUGCUGAGAGGAGGUGGCAGGGGCAACCCGAAAACAGCAAACCCACUAUAGGGCACCAAGACAUGGCAUCGCACGUUAAAGGAGAGGUCAUGACUCCAGGUUUGCCCUCCUGCACUCACAUGAUGAACAACAUGGUGCCCAGAGAAGGCAUGCAAAUGGUCGACCCCUCCAGCUACAGGGUCCUGCCCAAAGUCCAACCCAAUAACUGCAGCUCCACCUGUGUCCGAGACCCCAAGAGUACGCAUCCCGCACCCGAUCCACAUUUACACCCCCAUUCACAUGCACACAGCCACACACCUCAUGAAGUACCUUCACGCAACACGGGCCACACACAUGAAAAAGGAGUAGAUGAGGUAACCGAGCACAGGGACAAUGAGAGAAAUGGCAUGGUGAAGGCAGGAACCGGCGGGGAGGAAAUUAGCAGCUACUUUCAGCCGAGCGAGGUCGCCUAUGAAGGUGGCGAGAUGGAAGGGGUUGGAGACUUCGAUGAGAACAGUGAGGGGAUGUUCUGGACAGAGCCAGUAGAAGGAGAGGCACCUCGCGGCCGCCGUAUCGACCGACUGGAUAUCAACAUCCAGAUCAACGAGUCAUACUGCGUGGACGUUGGCGAGGGCCUGAAGCGCUGGAAGUGCCGCAUGUGUGAGAAGUCGUACACUUCCAAGUACAAUCUGGUCACGCACAUCCUGGGCCACAAUGGCAUCAAGCCACACGCGUGUCCACACUGCGGCAAACUCUUCAAGCAGCCCAGCCACCUACAGACUCACCUGCUGACGCAUCAGGGCACACGGCCACACAAGUGCACCGUGUGCAAGAAGGGCUUCACCCAGACCAGCCACCUGAAGAGGCACAUGCUGCAGCACACCGAUGUUAAGCCCUACAGUUGCCGUUUUUGUCGCCGUGGUUUCGCAUACCCCAGUGAACUCCGUGCUCAUGAAGUAAAGCAUGAACGAGGUCGCUGCCACGUUUGCUCGCAGUGCGGCAUGGAGUUUCCCACCUACGCCCACCUGAAGCGUCAUCAGGUGAGCCACCAAGGACCAUCCACCUUCCAGUGUAGCCAAUGCAACAAGUCGUUUGCUUACCGCAGCCAGCUGCAGAAUCACCUGCUGAAGCACCAAACGCAGCGCUCUUUCUCCUGCAGUCAGUGUGGCCUGCAGUUUCUUCAGCUUCAUCUGCUUCGCCAACACUCCCUCACACACAAGACAAACAAGCCUCAGGCCCGUGCUACCAAGGGAACAAAGGGGUUUAAGUGUGAUGUAUGUGCCCGAGAGUUUACAUUGUCUGCAAACCUGAAGAGGCACAUGUUAAUCCACGCCAGCAUCCGGCCGUUCCAGUGUCAUGUGUGCUUCAAAUCUUUUGUCCAGAAACAGACCCUUAAAACGCACAUGAUCGUACACCUGCCUGUGAAACCCUUCAAGUGCAAGGUGUGCGGAAAGUCAUUUAACCGAAUGUACAACCUUCUGGGCCAUAUGCACCUCCAUGCAGGCAGUAAACCCUUCAAGUGUGCAUACUGCUCGAGUAAAUUUAACCUCAAGGGAAAUCUUAGCAGGCACAUGAAGGUCAAACAUGGCAUGGAUGUCUCUCCAGAUGGGCAAGAUGUCCCACCUGACAUGGAGCCCCAUGAGGAGUAUGAGGACGAGAACUUCAAUUUUACAGCACCAGAGAACAUGGAAAAUAAUGAUGCGCCAAACUUAACUAAGCUCUCUGAAGUGGCCAUCCAGGAACUUGACUAUUAUAACUUUGGGAAGGAUGUGGGAAACUACAGUACAGCCUAAAAAACUGUUUGAAUUUAAGUCCAGCUGAAUAAAUAAAGCAACAAAUGGCUUGUGCUGGCACUUGUUAACCAUGAGUUGACUGAUGUUCCUCAAUGAGAACCACAGCUCACUUUUUUGCAGUUG